UUUUAUUAUCUUUAAUUUAUACAGGUUGAGUCAUUUAUUUUGGACCAAGAAGAUCUGGAUAACCCAGUGCUUAAGACAACAUCAGAGAUAUUUUUAUCAAGUUCUGCAGAAGGAGCAGACUUGCGCACUGUGGACCCAGAGACACAGGCACGACUAGAAGCAUUGCUGGAAGCAGCAGGAAUUGGCAAACUGUCAACUGCUGAUGGUAAAGCUUUUGCAGAUCCUGAGGUACUCCGGAGACUGACAUCUUCAGUGAGUUGUGCGCUAGAUGAAGCUGCUGCUGCACUGACAAGAAUGAGGGCAGAAAACAGCCACAAUGCAGGCCAAGUGGACACUCGUAGUCUGGCAGAAGCAUGUUCAGAUGGGGAUGUGAAUGCUGUUCGUAAAUUGCUUGAUGAAGGCAGAAGUGUAAAUGAACAUACAGAAGAAGGAGAAAGCCUUUUGUGUUUGGCUUGUUCAGCAGGGUAUUAUGAAUUAGCACAAGUUUUACUUGCUAUGCAUGCUAAUGUUGAAGAUCGAGGAAAUAAAGGAGACAUAACACCCCUAAUGGCAGCAUCCAGUGGAGGUUAUUUAGAUAUUGUAAAAUUACUACUACUUCAUGAUGCAGAUGUCAAUUCCCAGUCUGCAACAGGAAACACUGCUUUGACUUAUGCCUGUGCUGGAGGAUUUGUUGAUAUUGUGAAAGUGUUACUUAAUGAAGGUGCAAAUAUAGAAGAUCAUAAUGAAAAUGGACAUACCCCUUUAAUGGAAGCAGCCAGUGCAGGUCAUGUGGAAGUUGCAAGAGUUCUUCUAGAUCAUGGGGCAGGCAUCAAUACUCAUUCUAACGAAUUCAAAGAAAGUGCUCUUACACUUGCAUGCUACAAAGGCCAUUUGGAUAUGGUUCGUUUUCUGCUUGAUGCUGGUGCAGAUCAAGAGCACAAGACAGAUGAGAUGCACACUGCCUUAAUGGAGGCUUGCAUGGAUGGACAUGUAGAGGUAGCACGUUUGCUUUUGGAUAGCGGUGCUCAAGUGAACAUGCCGGCAGAUUCAUUUGAGUCUCCAUUAACACUCGCUGCCUGUGGAGGACACGUAGAAUUGGCAGCUCUACUUAUUGAAAGGGGAGCAAAUCUUGAAGAAGUGAAUGAUGAAGGAUAUACUCCCUUGAUGGAAGCUGCUAGAGAAGGACAUGAAGAGAUGGUGGCACUGCUCUUAGCACAAGGAGCAAAUAUAAAUGCUCAGACAGAAGAAACCCAAGAAACAGCUCUUACAUUGGCUUGCUGUGGAGGAUUUUCUGAAGUUGCUGACUUCUUGAUUAAAGCAGGAGCUGAUAUAGAGCUUGGCUGCUCUACACCUCUGAUGGAGGCUUCUCAGGAGGGACACCUAGAGUUGGUUAAAUAUUUGCUGACUGCUGGUGCUAAUGUUCAUGCUACAACAGCAACUGGAGACACAGCCUUAACAUAUGCUUGUGAAAAUGGACAUACAGAUGUUGCAGAUGUUUUACUUCAAGCUGGGGCUGAUUUAGACAAGCAGGAGGACAUGAAGACUAUAUUGGAGGGCAUAGAUCCGGCCAAGCAUCAGGAACAUGAAUCUGAAGGUGGAAGAACACCAUUGAUGAAAGCUGCAAGAGCUGGUCAUUUAUGCACUGUGCAGUUUCUUAUUAGCAAAGGGGCCAAUGUGAACAGAGCUACAGCUAAUAAUGAUCAUACAGUUGUGUCACUGGCAUGUGCAGGAGGUCACCUGGCAGUUGUUGAGCUACUCUUGGCUCAUGGGGCUGACCCUACUCAUCGACUCAAGGAUGGCUCAACAAUGCUCAUUGAAGCUGCAAAAGGUGGACAUACUAAUGUUGUUUCUUACCUGUUGGAUUACCCAAACAAUGUUAUGUCCGUUCCUACCACAGAUGUGUCUCAGCUAACCCCACCUUCUCAAGAUCAAUCUCAGGUUCCACGUGUACCAAUGCAUACACUCGCCAUGGUUGUACCUCCACAGGAGCCUGACAGAAGUUCACAAGAGAACUCUCCUGCCUUUUCAGGAGUACAGAAAGGUACAUCCAAGCAGAAGUCCAGUUCCCUGCAGGUAGCAGAUCAGGACGUACUGCCACCUUUUCACCCAUACCAGCCUUUGGAGUGCAUAGUAGAGGAGACUGAAGGCAAGCUGAAUGAACUGGGACAAAGAAUUAGUGCUAUUGAAAAAGCACAGCUUAAGUCACUGGAGUUAAUUCAAGGUGAACCUCUGAACAAAGAUAAGAUAGAAGAACUUAAAAAGAACAGAGAAGAACAAGUCCAGAAGAAGAAGAAAAUACUGAAAGAACUGCAGAAAGUGGAAAGGCAGUUGCAGAUGAAAACACAGCAGCAAUUUACCAAAGAAUACUUGGAAACCAAAGGUCAGAAAGACACAGUGUCUCUACACCAGCAGUGCUCUCAUAGAGGAGUCUUCCCAGAAGGGGGAGGAGAUGGUAGUCUCUCAGAGGAUCACUUUUCAGAGUUACCCCAGGUUGACAGAAUCUUAUUUAAAGAUAAUGAUGUUCUUGAGGAACAACAAUCUCCACCAUCGGCAGAACAAAUUGAUUUUGUCCCAGUCCAGCCUUUAUCUUCACAGUGUAACUUUUCCAGUGACUUAGGUUCUAAUGGGACAAAUUCUCUCGAACUUCAGAAAGUAUCAGGUAAUCAUCAGCUUAUAGGACAGUCUCAAAUUGCUAUUUCUGGACAUGAUCAGGGCCUGUUAGUUCAAGAACCAGAUGGACUAAUGGUUGCAACUCCAGCUCAGACGCUUACCGACACUCUUGAUGACCUGAUAGCAGCUGUGAGUAGCAGAGUACCCACCGGUUCAAACAGUUCUUCCCAGUCCACAGAAUGUCUUACACCUGAACCUUGUUCACAGUCUCCAAGCAAUAUGACUGUCCAGUCUAUGCCCCCUUUAUAUCCUUCAGUUGACAUUGAUGCACAUACUGAAAGCAAUCAUGACACAGCAUUAACACUAGCUUGUGCAGGUGGUCAUGAAGAACUUGUUUCUGUACUCAUUGCAAGAGAUGCUAAAAUUGAACACAGAGACAAAAAAGGUUUCACACCGCUGAUCCUAGCAGCAACAGCAGGCCAUGUUGGGGUUGUUGAAAUCCUUUUGGAUAAAGGUGGAGAUAUAGAAGCACAAUCAGAAAGAACUAAGGAUACUCCACUUUCAUUGGCAUGUUCUGGUGGACGUCAAGAGGUAGUAGACUUACUGCUGGCACGAGGUGCAAAUAAGGAACACCGGAAUGUGUCUGAUUAUACACCACUGAGUCUAGCUGCAUCUGGAGGAUAUGUAAAUAUCAUUAAGAUUCUGCUUAAUGCAGGGGCAGAAAUUAAUUCAAGGACUGGAAGUAAACUAGGUAUUUCUCCCCUGAUGUUGGCUGCAAUGAAUGGACAUGUUCCUGCAGUGAAACUGCUGCUUGAUAUGGGUUCAGACAUAAACGCCCAAAUAGAGACCAAUCGGAACACAGCUCUCACCUUGGCCUGUUUUCAAGGUCGAGCAGAAGUAGUCAGUUUGCUUCUGGACCGAAAAGCCAAUGUUGAACAUAGAGCAAAGACUGGUCUUACUCCAUUGAUGGAAGCUGCAUCUGGAGGUUAUGCAGAAGUUGGAAGAGUUCUUCUUGAUAAAGGGGCAGAUGUCAAUGCACCUCCUGUGCCUUCCUCAAGAGAUACUGCUUUAACAAUUGCAGCAGACAAAGGCCAUUACAAAUUUUGUGAGCUCCUGAUUAGUAGGGGAGCCCAUAUUGAUGUUCGUAACAAAAAGGGAAACACACCACUUUGGUUAGCAUCCAAUGGUGGUCAUUUUGAUGUGGUGCAAUUGCUGGUGCAAGCGGGUGCUGAUGUGGAUGCAGCAGAUAAUCGGAAAAUCACACCUCUUAUGUCAGCAUUUCGAAAGGGACAUGUGAAAGUUGUUCAAUAUUUGGUGAAAGAAGUCAAUCAAUUCCCUUCGGAUAUAGAAUGUAUGAGAUACAUCGCAACAAUUACAGAUAAGGAACUUUUAAAAAAAUGUCAUCAAUGUGUUGAGACAAUUGUGAAGGCUAAAGACCAACAGGCUGCAGAAGCAAAUAAGAAUGCAAGUAUUCUUUUAAAGGAACUUGAUCUGGAAAAGUCAAGAGAAGAGAGCAGAAAGCAAGCUCUUGCAGCUAAAAGAGAGAAGAGAAAAGAAAAGAGAAAAAAGAAAAAAGAGGAGCAGAAAAGGAAGCAGGAAGAAGAUGAAGAAAACAAACCUAAGGAUAAUUCAGAACUACCAGAGGAUGAAGAUGAAGAAGAAAAUGAUGAAGAUGUGGAGCAAGAAGUUCCCAUCGAACCUCCUAGUGCAACUACCACCACAACAAUAGGAAUCUCUGCAACAUCUACAACAUUCACAAAUGUAUUUGGGAAAAAAAGAGCUAAUGUGGUGACAACCCCCAGCACUAAUCGGAAAAAUAAGAAGAACAAAACAAAAGAGACCCUUCCCACUGCACAUUUAAUAUUACCUGAACAACAUCUAUCUUUAGCACAGCAAAAAGCAGAUAAAAACAAAAUAAAUGGAGAAUCCAGAGGUGGCGGUACAGGUGGAAAUAGUGAUUCAGAUAAUUUAGACAGCACAGAUUGCAACAGUGAAAGUAGUAGUGGUGGGAAAAGCCAAGAAUUAAAUUUUACAAUGGAUGUGAAUUCCUCUAACGACAAGAAAUUACCCUCACUACUUCAUUCCCAAGAAGAAAAGACAAGUACUGCCACUUCAAAAACUCAGACACGACUUGAAGGUGAAAUGAACCCUAAUUCCUUAUCAACUACCUACAAGCCAGUUUCAUUGCCAUUAAGCUCUCCAAAUAUAAAAUUGAAUCUGACUAGCCCUAAAAGAGGACAAAAAAGAGAAGAAGGAUGGAAAGAAGUUGUGCGAAGGUCAAAAAAAUUGUCUGUUCCAGCCUCAGUAGUUUCCAGAAUAAUGGGAAGAGGAGGAUGCAAUAUCACUGCAAUACAAGAUGUUACUGGUGCCCAUAUUGAUGUGGAUAAACAAAAAGAUAAGAAUGGAGAGAGAAUGAUCACAAUAAGAGGUGGUACAGAAUCAACAAGAUAUGCAGUUCAGCUUAUCAAUGCACUUAUUCAAGAUCCUGCUAAAGAACUGGAAGACUUGAUUCCUAAAAAUCACAUCAGAACACCUGCCAGCACCAAAUCCAUCCAUUCAAACUUCUCAUCUGGAGUAGGCACCACAACAGCUUCCAGUAAAAAUGCUUUUCCCUUGGGUGCUCCAACUCUUGUAACUUCACAGGCAACAACAUUAUCUACGUUCCAGCCUGCUAAUAAACUUAAUAAGAAUGUACCUACAAAUGUACGUUCAUCUUUCCCAGUUUCUCUGCCGUUAGGUUAUCCCCAUCCCCACUUUGCCUUGCUGGCUGCACAAACUAUGCAACAGAUUCGACAUCCUCGCUUACCCAUGGCCCAGUUUGGAGGAACCUUUUCACCCUCUCCUAACACUUGGGGACCAUUCCCAGUAAGACCUGUGAAUCCUGGAAACACGAAUAGUUCUCCGAAGCAUAGUAAUGCAGGUCGUCUACCUAACCAGAACGGGACUGUUCUACCCUCAGAGUCUCCUGGACUUGCUACAGCCAGUUGUCCUAUCACUGUCUCUUCUGUAGUUGCUGCCAGUCAGCAACUAUGUGUGACUAAUACCCGGACUCCUUCAUCAGUCAGAAAACAAUUGUUUGCCUGUGUGCCUAAGACGAGUCCUCCAACAACAGUGAUCUCUUCUGUGACAAGCACUUCUAGUUCCCUGCCACCUGUCUCUUCUGCACCUGUCACUAGUGCCCAAGUUCCCACCACAUUUCUACCUGCAAAUACUCCUCAAGCACAGCUCUCUUCACAAAAAAUGGAAUCUUUCUCUACUAUGUCAUCACCCAAAGAGAAAGUAUCCACACAGGACCAACCCAUGGCAAACCUGUGUACCCCAUCUUCAGCUGCAAACAGUUCUAAUAGCUGUGCCAACAACACCCCUGGAGCUCCAGAAACUCACUCGUCCAAUAAUCCCACUCCACCCUCCAAUAACACACAGGAAGAGGCACAGCCACCCAGUGUAUCUGAUUUAAAUCCUAUGUCAAUGCCUUUUGCAUCUAACUCAGAACCUGCUCCACUGACUUUGACAUCACCCAGAUUGGUUGCUGCUGAUAAUCAGGAUACAAAUAAUUUACCUCAGUUAGCUGUGCCAGCACCUCGAGUUUCUCAUCGAAUGCAGCCCAGAGGUUCUUUUUAUUCGGUGGUACCGAAUGCAACUAUGCACCAGGAUCCCCAGUCCAUUUUUGUUACAAACCCAGUACCUUUAACACCAUCUCAAGGCCCACCAGCUGCAGUGCAGCUUUCUUCAGCCAUGAAUAUCAUGAAUGGUUCUCAAAUGCAUAUGAACCCAGCAAAUAAAUCUUUGCCACCUACAUUUGGCCCUGCCACACUUUUCAACCACUUCAGUAGUCUUUUUGAUAGUAACCAGGUCCCUGCUAACCAGGGUUGGGGAGAUGGUCCACUAUCCUCACGGGUUGCUACAGAUGCAUCUUUCACUGUUCAGUCAGCAUUCCUUGGUAAUUCUGUACUUGGACACUUGGAAAAUGUGCAUCCUGACAAUUCCAAGGCACCUGGCUUCAGACCACCUUCUCAACGAGUUUCUACAAGUCCAGUUGGGUUACCAUCCAUUGAUCCAUCAGGCAGCUCACCGUCUUCCUCUUCUGCUCCUCUGACAAGUUUUUCCAACAUACCAGGAGCACGUGUAUUCCUACAAGGGCCAGCUCCUGUUGGGACACCUAGUUUCAACAGACAACAUUUUUCUCCACAUCCUUGGACAAGCGCCUCAAACUCAUGUGACUCUCCUAUUCCAUCUGUUUCUUCGGGAUCAUCCUCACCUCUUUCAGCCACUUCUGCCCAACCAACAUUGAGCCAACCAAAAGGAGGCACUGCCAGCCAAGACCGAAAGAUACCUCCUCCCAUUGGAACAGAGAGACUAGCCCGGAUUCGACAAGGAGGGUCUGUCACACAAGCCCCUGUCGGAACUAGUUUUGUUGCUCCUGUUGGUCACAGUGGAAUAUGGUCAUUUGGUGUUAAUGCUAUGUCAGAAAGUUUAUCGGGUUGGUCACAGUCUGUGAUAGGAAAUCAUCCAAUGCAUCAACAGUUAUCAGAUCCAAGCACAUUCUCCCAACACCAACCAAUGGAGAGAGAUGAUUCUGGAAUGGUGGCCCCCUCUAAUGUUUUUCAUCAACCUAUGGCAAGCAGUUUUGUGGAUUUUUCUAAAGGUCUACCAAUUUCCAUGUAUGGAGGCACCAUAAUUCCUUCUCAUCCUCAGCUUGCUGAUGUUCCAGGAGGCCCUCUGUUUAAUGGACUUCACAACCCAGAUCCUGCUUGGAACCCUAUGAUAAAAGUUAUUCAAAAUUCAACUGAAUGCACUGAUGCCCAACAGAUGUGGCCUGGCACGUGGGCACCUCAUAUUGGAAACAUGCAUCUCAAAUAUGUCAACUAAGUUAGAAGGUCUUACUCAUUAGCCUUGUUUGAGAAACCUAUGACUUUGGAAGAACCCCCGGGGAUUUUUUUUUUUUUUUUAAUGUGCCUAACUAAUAAAUUUUCUCUAAGGCUUUAGCAAUGGAAUUUUGAUUUGCCAUUGUCUAAGAACAAUGUCAUUUCCUAUCCACCUGAUUAUGUUCUUUGGCUAGUUUAGCCAUUUUGAAUUUAGUUCUUUUGGCUAAAUAUACUGAAUGCUACUUGUAUAAAAAAAAAAAGGAUUAGAUGGUUACAUGUUUCAACCAUUUAGGAUGGUAAAUACAUGUACAAUUGUUUACAUACUUAAAAGGAUAAAGUUAAGUAAAAUUCUUGUCAUAUAGUGGCUCUACUUAAUGUAGCCUGUAUCAAUGUGAAAUAUUUACCAGAAUAUUCAAUAAAAAGAUGAACAGUA